AUGCCCGACGAAGACGACUUCAUGAUGGCCAUCGACUCGGACUCCGACAUGGAGGAGAUGGGCCUGAGAAGUAAGAAGGGCAAAGGCAAGGCGGCGGACAAAAAACGCGACAAGGGCAAGGCGAAGGAGAAGGCAGAGACACUCGCAUACACUUGGGAAGCAUCGUAUACGCGUUCGUGGGACACGGUACAGGAGGAUGAGUCUGGCAGCUUGCAGGGUGCUGUUGAGGAUUGGGUCGUCCGGGCGCGUCGGAAACGCCUACAAGCCCCCUCUACUGCGAUUCGGCGCACGAUCAUCCGACACUUGGUGUUACUCCUCGAUCUGUCGAGCGCGAUGCUCGACCGAGAUAUGCGCCCGACUCGCUUCGACCUCAUGCUGCAAUAUGCGCGUGAAUUUGUGGUUGAAUGGUUUGACCAGAACCCGCUCGGACAGAUCGGUGUCGUUGGCAUGCGAUCCGGGAUUGGCGAGCGAAUAUGCGAGAUGACUGGCAACCCGCAGGACGUGUUGAAGUCCAUUUCUGAGCGUCAUCGUCUCGAACCGCAGGGGGAACCAAGCUUACAGAACGCGAUUGAGAUGGCGCGUAGCUCGAUGAGCCACCUCCCUACCCACUCCUCCCGCGAAAUCCUCCUCAUCUUCGGCUCCCUCACAACAUGCGACCCCGGCGACAUCCACGACACCCUCGACACCUGCGUCCGCCAAAAAAUCCGCGUCUCCGUCGUCGCGCUUGCCGCCGAAAUGAAGAUCUGCCGUGAGUUCUGCGACAAGACGGGCGGACAAUUUGGCGUCGCGCUCAACGAGGGCCACUUCCGCGACAUCCUCUUCGAGCUUGUUCCACCGCCGGCCCAGCGCGCCCUGGGAGGUGCUGGUAUGGGCGCCCCAGGGAAAGCGACCGCCGCCUCCGGCCCCUCCGCCGACCUGAUGAUGAUGGGCUUCCCGACACGCCUACCGGACACGACGCCACCGAGCCUGUGCGCCUGCCACGGCGAGCUGCGCAGCGCGGGCUUCCUGUGCCCGCGGUGCCAGAGCAAGGUGUGCGACGUGCCGACGGACUGCGAUGUGUGCGGGCUCAUGAUCGUGAGCUCGCCCCAUUUGGCGAGGAGCUAUCAUCAUUUGUUCCCGGUUAGGCCGUAUGCGGCGAUCCAGGCGGCGGAGGUGGCGGGCGCGGCGAACGGGGCUGCGGGGGCGGGGGCGAAGACGACGUGCCAUGCGUGCGCAAGGGCAUUUCCGACGACGCCGGCUGCGAAUGUGAGCGAGGGUAUGAGUCCGGUGGGGAGGUAUCGAUGUCCGGAGUGUCACUUCGAUUUCUGCUCGGAGUGCGAUGUGUUUAUACAUGAUGUUGUGCAUGCGUGUCCGGGGUGUGGUAGAUAG